GCCCCUCCCCCUGCCCAGGGACCAAAAGCAGUUUUAAGUACAUGUGUAUGUCAACCUUAUCAGGAGCCUAAAUGCUGUGAAGACUGCAGGUGCUGACCAAACAAACAAACAAACUAGGAAGGUUCAGUCCUACGUGCCUGUGUUGCAUUUGGAAGUUGUACCAGAGAGAACAUGGCUGUGAAAGGUCGGGUUGUGUCUUUAAUUGUGAUUGUCACUGGGGCCGUUUGCCUUGCAAUAGGGCUUGUGAUUGGUUUUCUUGCUCGUCAGAAUGGAGACCAAGUUUCCCAGGUAGCACGCCAGUUGGUUGCUGAGGCUGAUCCCAGCAUAAGCGGCAAACUGAUCAAUGAAAUAGAUGCCAAUAACAUCAGAGAUAAUCUAAGAUACCUGACCACCAAACCUCAUGUUGCUGGGACUGCAGCAGACUGGGAGCAGGCAGAGUAUAUACGCAAACUGUGGAUAGAGCAAGGUCUGGAGGCUGAGAUUGUGGGUUAUGAUGUUCUCCUUUCGUAUCCCAAUAUAUCUAAGCCAAACAUGGUGUCUGUAGUGAACUCUUCCUCUGGCAAGGUAGAGUUUGCCAGUGCUGUCACAGAGAAGAUACUGAACCCAGACCAGAACCAGACAGGAGUGCUGCCACCUUUCAAUGCUUUUGCUCCUGCUGGGACAGUGGAGGGUGAUUUAGUGUAUGUGAACUAUGGCAGAGAGCAAGACUUUGAGCAGUUGACACGAGACCUAGGAAUAAAUGUUACAGACAAAAUUGCAAUAGCAAGAUAUGGCAAAAUUUUUCGAGGGGACAAGCUAAAAGCAGCACACAAAUUUGGAGCCAAGGGGCUGAUACUGUAUUCUGACCCAGCAGACUAUGCCAUCAGUGGAGUGGAUAAGGUGUAUCCAGACUCAUGGUGGUUACCAGGGACAGGGGCACAGAGAGGCAAUGUAGUCAUGACAAAAGGUGACCAGCUGACACAGGGCUACCCAGCUACAGAAUGGGCUUACAGGUCUCAGGACAAAGUCCUUAAGGCACAGCUGCCACAGAUCCCAUGUCAACCCAUUGGUUAUGAUGAUGCAAAAGUUCUUCUGAGGGAACUUGGAGGCUCUGAUUCUCCAGAGGAUUGGAAAGGAACUUUGCAUAAUGUUGCCUACAGUUUGGGACCUGGCUUCAAAUCUGGAUCAAAAUUUCAGAAUCUAAAUGUCAAAUUGGAAGUGCACAACUAUAAUGUUAGAAGGAUGACCUAUAAUGUCAUUGGUACCAUCAAAGGAAAGGUAGAACCAGACAGGCAUGUUCUAGUUGGCAAUCACAGAGAUGCCUGGGUGUUUGGAGCGUUAGACCCCUCCAGUGGAACAGCAACCAUGUUGGAGGUCACCAGGGCAUUCGGCAAGCUCAAGAAGGCUGGUUGGUCUCCCAGACGGACCCUGAAGUUUUGCAGCUGGGGUGCAGAGGAAUAUGGAUAUCCAGGUUCUACAGAAUGGGUAGAGGAAAACAUGAAAUCACUGCUGACUCAAGCUGUGGCUUACUUAAACUGUGACACUGCUGUCAGAGGAAAUUAUUCUUUUAGAGGAAGGGCCUCCCCACUUUUGAAGGCGGCGAUGUUGUCUGCUACAAGGAAGGUCAAAGACCCACACAAUGCUGAUAUUACAGUACAUGACACUUGGGCAAAAUAUGAUCCAGCUGGAGGCACAUUAAAUGAGCCAAGGGUAAAUGUUCUUGGUGCUGGCAGUGACUUCACCCCCUUCAUCCAGCAUGUUGGAAUCCCUGUUACAGAUCAAACAUAUACCUACACUAGUGCAUGGAAGAUAUCUUCUUACCCUGUAUAUCAUUCAGUGUAUGAGACAUUUGAAAUCAUGGAGAAGUUUAUUGACCCAGAUUUUACCUGCCAUAAAGCAGUGGCACAGGUCUUGGCGGAACUGGCACGAAACUUGGCAGACUCCCUGCUACUGCCUAUGAACCCUGCAGAUUAUGCUUCAGCUAUUGAGACAUUCGCCAAUGCUUCUUUUUCAAGUUUUGGAGGAAUUUUUGCAAAGAAAGAUGGGAUAAGUUUUGAUGGUUUAUAUUCUGCAGUGAAAAACUUCUCAAGUGCUGCAAAUGAAUUCUCAAAGAAGAUUGAAAAUGUGGACAAAAACAAUCCUCUUGCAAUACGUGAGAUCAAUGACCAAAUGUUGAUGUUGGAGAGAGCAUUCAUUGAUCCCCAGGGUCUCCCAGGUAGACCUUUGUUCAGGCACAUCAUAUUUGCGCCAAGCAGUAAGAACAUAUACGCAGCCAGCUCUUUCCCUGGUCUCAGUGACCUGAUGUAUGGACUGGAUGAAAACGGACCAGAGGAACAGUGGGAAGAGGUGAAGAAACACCUAGCAGUUAUUGUCUACACAAUACAGGCAGCGGCCAAAACUCUCUCCUGAUUUAUGGGAUUGUCAAGAAAUCUGGCAGAGGUGCAUCAAGUCGUGCAAUUACCUUAUAGAUGGCCUUCUUCCAGGACUGCUCCAAGUCUUUGCUCGUGCU